AUGGAAUCAGAAGACAGAAUAGAGAAGACAGUUGAUGUCUACAUCAGUGCUGAGGCUGUAAGAGACAAGAAACAUAAGAAAGACACAGAGGACUUUAACACAUCUAAAACCCAAACCCCUCAACACACAGAAAGUGAUUCUGUGAGGAUCAGAAGCUCCAGAGCAGCUCUAGUGUGUUUGGGGCUGCUGUGUGUUCUUCUGCUGACUGCAGUCAUAGUGCUGUGUGUCUACAUCCAUACAAAGAGCACAAACUACACAGAAGAGAGAGACCAGUUAAUAAUCCAGAAUGGUAAUCUGACUAAAGAGAGAGACCAGUUGAAAUCAGAAAAAAACAAACAGAUAUGUUUUGGCAAAGUAGUAGAUGGAUGGACAAACUAUCAGUACAGUGUUUACUUCAUUUCCUCUGAGAAGAAGAACUGGACUGAGAGCAGAAGAUACUGUAGAGAUAGAGGAGCAGAUCUGAUCAUAAUAAACAGCAAUGAGGAGCAAAAUUUUGUCAAAAACAUUACUAGUUCUGCUGAUUUAGUCUGGAUUGGUCUGACUGACAGUGAUGUGGAGGGCACAUGGAAAUGGGUUGAUGGCACUAAAGUGACCUCUGGUUUCAGGUUCUGGAGGUAUGGAGAGCCAUAUGGAUACACAAACGAGAACUGUGCUCUGACUUAUUCACCAGGAUGGGCUGAUUAUCCAUGUAAUGAUCAUCAUAAAUGGAUCUGUGAGAAGACUAUUUUUAAAUGACUUGUUACAAUAUGUAUUCACAUAGAGUGCAUCAUGAACACCUUAAACAUCUUUAAAAAUCUUGUUUAGUAAUUUUACCUGUUUUUGUUUGCAUGACAAUUUAAUUAUGCUAAUCUGUAAAAACAUUUGUAACAUUUUCAUAAUGCUUUCAUAUGUAUAAACUAUUUAAAUUUUCUUUGUUUUGAAGGCUCAAUCACACCUGAUUUCCUAAACCAAAAUAUGCAGGUGAUACUCUUAACCUAAAUUAUCACGAUUUUAUAGUUGUA